GCCCUGGGCCUCUUGGGCCUCAAAACUCGAGCGAAGAGCCUCGAUGGUCAUUUGGGGUCGAGCCACUUUGAGUCAAGCUGUUUAGCUUAAGGUUCUGGCUGAAGCACACGCCGAUCGUCCCAGCCUCGGCUCGGCCGACGCGCCCGGCAGGGCCAAUGGCGGCCGCGCCCGCGGCCUUGAUGGAGCGCCCGGAGCACCCGUCUCCCGCCGCGAGCGGCCAGCGAGCGUGCGCGCCCGGAGCGGCGCAGGGCGCGGCGCUGCCGCCUUCAGUGCUCGGAGGCCUGGGCAGCUGGAGGGCGGUCGUGAGGAACACCUUCCUGCACUUCCAGGAGGCCGCCGAGGAGGACAUGGCCCUCCGGAGCCUGCGCGCUUCGUCGUCGGCGCCUGCGCUGCUGACCCCGUGGGUGGGCCUGGAGGUGCCGAUCGGCGAGCCGCCGCCGCCGAGUGGCGCCGAGCGGCGCACCACCGUGAUGUUCCGCAACGUGCCCUACUUGCUCACGCGAGACAUGUUCGUGGAGCUGCUGAACUCGCAGGGCUUCCGAGGGCAGUUUGACCUGGUGUACUUGCCGAUAGACUUCAAGACGAACCAGACGCGUGGCUACGCGUUUGUAAACGCGUUAAGCACUGAGGUUGCCAGUCGCCUCUUCGGCGCGUUCGAGGGUUUCCAGGCGUGGCCCAAGAGGAGCUCGAAGGUCUGCAGCUUGUGUUGGAGCACCCGGCAGGGCCUCGACAGAAACGUCCAAGCCUACCGCAACCUCGAGGUCAUGCAGGCGAACUACCCCGACGCCUGGAAGCCGGCCUUGUUCUCGGAGUGUAGCCCAGUGCCCUUCCCCGAGCCCACGCGGAAGAUCACGCGCAACUCGAAGAAUCUGUGCGGCGGUGGCGGUGCUCCGCGGAUCUGAGAGGUGCGCAGCGGAUGUGGACUUGCAACAGCGCGACCUAGGUCUGGCCCGAUGGUGGAGGUUGUGGUGAUAGGGGUCG